UAUCGGAUUGGUUGUUUCCGUUAGAUCCGAGUCGUCUUGUCAGGCGACGUGGCCGAGAGAGAACAUGGUGGAUCAUCCAAAAGCGGUGAUUACAGUCGUCAACAAAUUUCCGGUUAGCAUGUUAUUACUCUCGGCAAUCGAAGAAUAAAUUAUUUUCGCGAAUAUUCGCACCGAAACAUUUUACAACAUUUAAUAAUUAACUACGUUUCAAUACGGUACUACUUCAAAAUGGGAUUGUGCAAAUGUCCGAAGAGGCGAGUCACUAAUCAGUUUUGUUUUGAACAUUGUGUAAAUGUUUGUGAACACUGUAUGAUGACAAAUCAUCCUAAGUGUAUUGUCCAAUCAUAUCUACAAUGGCUUCAAGACAGUGAUUACAGUCCGAUUUGUGUCCUGUGUUCUGGGAAUUUAAGUGAUGGCGAUUGUGUUAGGUUGACUUGUUACCAUGUUUAUCAUUGGGUUUGCAUUGACAAUUAUGCUAGAAAUUUGCCAGCUACGACUGCACCUGCAGGUUACGUCUGUCCAUCUUGUCAAACGUGCAUAUUCCCUCAAUCGAACUUGGUUUCCCCAGUUGCAGACGUACUAAGAGAGAAACUGGCUGGAGUUAAUUGGGCAAGAGCUGGUCUCGGUUUGCCGCUACUCAGCGAAGAUAGAGAGCAAAAACCUGUACAAGAACGAAAGGUUCCAGUAACAGAAGUUCUUUAUCAAAAUCAUUUGACAUCUACUUCCAGUCCUACAGUUGCUACCCCAAGAUCAAACAGUAACGUGAAUUUUGCAAAUUCUAAUAUAAACAGUGUCCAUGUGAAUAGUCAGAAAUUAGGACCUCCUUACUCUGUUGUGAAUAUGGAACCAUCGCUUCCAAUUUCGAGUCAAACACCUAGAAAGGUAUUUGAAGCCUAUGAUGAUCCAAAGGAAGUGUCAUUUGAUCACGAUGAGAACAAAUAUCAACGAAAAUCAGCGAUAGAGUGGUUCUUGAGAUGGUGGAAACUCAUAACAAGACCACCAACACGUAGAAGAAAUACUUCAGGUUCAUUGUAUAAACGAUAUGCAACUAUUGCUAUAAUUGGAUUUUUUAUUUUUAUUGGAAUUAUCAUCAUAUUUUCGUGGCUUGGAAGAAUGGCAACAGAUGGAGAUCCUAUUUAUAAUCCUCUUUCGCAUCCACAAGUGAACGUCAAACGUGCUAAAGAUGAACCAAUCUAAUGCUUAAGGUAUAUUUUGGACGGAGGAUUGGGCUCCAUUUGAUGAGUAUUUUUAUACUCGGGUGAACUACAUGAAGUGAUAAACAAAAUAAUAAAGCACCUAAGAUCGUAAUUGUAAGAGGACUAUAAGGAAUUUAGAACAUUUUUACAGGACAAAGACAAAUGCAAUGGAGAUAAUGGACUGAACUAAAAAUUUAUUCAGCAUAUAUACAUAGAACUCCAGUUUAGAAUGCAGUAUGAUAUUAGCUAUAUUGUUUGUUAAUUUUUAAACAGACUCAUAGAAUUAAACUGUAUAUUUAAAUCGAAUGUAAAAAAUCAUCCGAAUUUGUAAGUCA